AUGAGUGUGGAUAAUUCAUUUGUUAGUAUUGUUGAUCUACCUAAUGAAAUGUUGCUUAAUAUUUUCAAUAAACUUAAUAAUUUUGAUGUUUUAUAUUCACUGGUCGGAGUCAAUAAAAAACUUGAUAAUGUUGCAUGUGAUAGAACAUUUACUCAAUUUAUUGGUUUAACAACCAUAUCAUCAAGUGAAAAGGAUGAUUCAAAAACUAAUGCAACACUUGAUCGAUUUUGUUUGCACAUAUUACCUCGAAUUCAUAAUAAUGUUGAAUGUCUUACUGUUGAUGCAUGCUUCUUGGAACGUAUUCUACAUAGUAACAAAUAUUUUAACUUACACAGAAUCACUCUGAUCAAUCUUGAUGUGAAUAGGACUUCUCAUAUUUUUAAUGGUAUAGUACUUGAUUUAUUUACAUUGAAGAAAUACCAAAUUUCCGAAUUGGUUAUAACGAUUGAUUAUGAAGUUUCAAGUAUAUCAAUGUUGAUUUUACUCAUUGAUAUUUAUCAUCGUAUUUUUGUCUUAUUAUCAAAUCUAAAGUAUUUGGACUUGGAUGUUAAUAAUACUUACCUUUUUUCUAAAUCAUUAUUGAGUGGUUUAUCUUCUACUACAUGUGUUUCGUCGAGUAUUACUCAUUUACGUAUCAAAUUGCACAAUUUUGACGAUUGUCUUUGUCUACUUGAUGGUCGUUUUAAUCAAUUACAUACAUUCAUUGUCAAACUUGAAUAUAUACAUGAUCCAUCAUUACUUAGACGUACUCCAUCAGAAAUCAUACAUAAUUCGUCGAUAUUAUUAAAUAAUACGAAAAAUUUCGUUAAACUGAAAUGUUUUUCGCUAUUUAUAUAUCUUGCAACAAGUGAAUUUGAUAGUCUAGUUGUCCCACUUCUUCGUCGAAUGUUACAUUUGGAAAAACUUACAUUAUCUCUUCUUGUUAGUCAACGAACUUCAUUCAUUGAUGGUACUCAUCUGGAGAAUUCUUUUCUCAGACAAAUACCAUAUUUACAUACAUUUAUCUUCGAUUUUGUUACCGAACAUGUCAACAUUAAUGAGCAAAUUAAGCCGUCUUUUGAUGAUAUUCGACGUACAUUCAUUCAAAGAGGAUAUAAUGUUGAUGGCUACAUUGAUUGUAACAGUUAUCUUCACAGGAUGUGGAAUCGAUGUCAUGUCUAUUCGCUUCCGUCCGAUAUGGAAUAUAUACAGCCCAUUUCGCAUAGUUUUCCUGGUGGCAUGUUCAUGAAAGUUGGCGUUCUAUGUAUGCGGGACGAAUAUGAUUCUUUCGAACACAGUUUCUUUACCAAAAUUUCACAUUCAUUUCCAUUACUUCGUCGUCUGAUAAUCCAGAAUAAAGUAGAGCAAAAAGAAAAAUCUGAAAAAGUAUCGUCAAUUAUUGAGUUUUCUCAUCUCGUCGAACUUAAUUGUAUUCAUGUCCAUAUUAACUAUGUAGAACAAUUUCUUUCCGACUUGAAUACAUGCCUAUCUUCUCUCAUCAAGCUUCAUGUUCGAUAUGAACAUUUAGUAACAAUCACUGAGAAUUUUAGAAGAAAUGCAACACGUAUCAACUGUGCAAAAUUGAAAUCGAUCAAAUUUGAUGAUCAAACAACAAUGGCACAUUCAAAAGACUUUUAUCUCUAUUUUCCUUUAUUGUAG